AUGCACGCAGCAGUUGUCCGGGCACAUUUCCUGCUGUUCUUGGCAUGCCUCGAUUGGUCGACCGAGGAUGUGGCUGGUGCAUGGAAAGAUCUAGACAAUCUGGAGGGCUUGGGCCCGCUUCCAGCACCAGACAGCGGGAAGGACGAGGAUUCUUCCACCCACGAGCCAAACAUAGAAGAUGCCAGUGCCGCCAGUGAGGCGUCACCCGCACCAGAGGCCGACGCAGCACCUGAGUCCCCCAACCGCUCAGCAGAGUUCCGGCUCCCGUUGCGCCAGAACCUUCAGUCGCUGGCUCGCCCGAAGCCCGCGCCGCUGGACGAGGAGCCAACGUGGUCCCCGCUGUCACCGUCUCCAGAAGUGACAACGGAGGAGUACGAGCGGCGACUGGAGCAGGUUCAGCGCUAUGUGGAUGCUCACAGGAUCAAUCCUGGCUCACCCGACUGGAAGGCACAAGUCACACUUUGGCAGCAGGCUCAGCAGGAAGAAGAGAGGCAAUCGCAGGUGGAAGAGCUGCGCCAGCGCCUGGAAGAGGCGGCCGAACAGAGGCGGCAGCAGGAGGAAGCAGCCAAGCGCUUCGAAGAGGAGGUGCUCCAGAAGAAGCGGGAGUAUGACGAGGCUGUGCAGCGAUUACGAGAGGCUGAGGCCGAGCAUCGCCAACAGCAGGAGGAGGACGCGCGCCGCCGCGCAGAGGAGGAGGCGGAGCAGAAGCGCCGUCAGGAGGAGCAGGCCUUGCGCAUUGAAGAGGAGGUGGCGGAGAGGAUCCAACAGAGAGUGGAGGAGGAGACACGCCGCCUUGCCCAAGAGGCACAGCGCAGGCAGCGAGAGCUGGAGGAGGAGCAGCGUCGUCUGGCUGCCAUGGAGGCAGAGCGCCAGCGUAUUCUUGAGGAGGAGGCGAAGCGUCACGUUGCACUAGAGCUCGAGGCGCAGCGCCGUGAGGUGGAAGAGGGCGAGCGGCAGCGGCAGCGGCUGCUGCGGCGCCUAUGCUGCCGCGACAAGCCCCUUUCAGUUGCAACGAAGGCGGCCUCUGGUCGGCCCUGA